AUGUAUUUCUCAAUAUACAGGCGAUCAAUUCAGGUGCGCGAAUCAAAAGAACGCCUGGAAAAAGUGUCAGCCGAAGUACUGAAUGUUUCGAAGGAGCUAUCAGAUGCACAUGGUGAUACUGCGGAGUCGGAGCGAACACGAAAACAAAAUGAAACUAUCGAUAAUUUGAAGCGUAUUUUUCCGGGCCGCGUCUACGGUCGUCUAGUUGACCUAUGCCAACCAUCACAUAAACGCUUCCUCAUUGCCAUUACUAAGGUUUUUUUUAGUACUUUGCACAUUUAUCACUUUUUUUGCGGUAAUUUUUUCGGUGCUCUUUUUAUCGCUGUGCUCCACCUCUUCACAUCGAUACAACUAGUUUCUUCGUUUUGCUUAAGUCCGAGCUACAAGUUAGUAGAAAAAAUCAAAAUCUUUCCAUAUUCAUUUUGUUCGGUCGAGAGAGGUACUCAAAGUAGUUUAAGUGGUCGCAGAUGCCAACAGAGACCGUUGUGUGGCCGCACAUGCCAACAGCGACAGCUCCGUAGUCGCUCAUGCCAGCAGUGA